AUGAGAGUCGCGACUGUUUUCCUGCUCUUCUGCGUUUGCAAUGCGUUUGCCACGAGAAACGCAUCGUCUCCCGACGCUUUAGUCUUACUGGGUUAUCCAGAUUGGGUCUGUUUUGUCUGCAUUAAAGUUGCUGAUGAACUGAAAGAAUUGAUUGACGAAACCGGCGAUGUGUCGGGGAAGAUCCAUGAAGCUAUGCAGGUAAAGUGAGAUCGUUAUUUUAGCUGAUAAAGAAAAGGAAUAUGUCUAUAUGAAUAUACACCUCAGAGUUCAAAUUGCGCUUUUCAGAAGCCAUGGUAAUUUUUGUCGCACGUUGUCGAAAUAUGUCACAUAUUACAUAGAAAUUAGGAAGACCGAAAAUCGGCUUUCUGUUUGUGCUUUACAGUAACAAUAUGUCUUCAAAAAUUUUUGUUUUUGCGUUCAAUUUGCAAAAAUUGUUUUGUUUUUGCGUUCAAUUUGCAAAAUUAUGAUCAAAAAAAUUUCUGCAUAGCCUAUGUAGGGUAUGGUAAGAAAAACCUUGAAAAGAUUUAGUCGUUGCCCUCCGAGGGUUCCUUGUAAAUUCUUCUUGACUAACAGGGGAAGUACUCCAAGUGCGACGCUCAGAUUGUGAUGAAACUUGGCAUAAAAUUAGACUAAUUUUUUCUAAGAUAUAUGCGAGAAUGCUAGCUCGCGCUUUGCAGAAAAAACCGAGAUUUUUAGAUCCAAAGUCGGCCAAAAUUUAGGACUUUUUGCCGAAUUUCGGCACGAAAAGUUUCAUGCCUAUUUCAACCGUAAAGGAUAAUGUUUCUACAAAAAAUCAAAUUUUUCCGCACGAAACUGCCAAAGUUAUGGCCAAAAAGCGCUUUUCUCUCUGACCGCUCUCCACGUUUAGCGUGCUCUCUCGGCGGCAAAAAUCGUUUGGUAUCUCGGCGGCGCCCGCAAAGCGCGAGCGAAAACUUUCAGGAAUUGAUACUUAGUCCAUACCCGACGUGUGUGCAAAAUUUAAAGAAAAUCUGAGCGUCGCAUUUGGAGUACUUCCCCUGUUAAUGAUAAUACCGCCGGCCAAUUCCAGCGAGUUUGCGACACCGAACCAUUUCCACUAAGUUGGGCGUGCACCGCCUUCUUCCCCUACGGCUUCCUCAACGAUCUUUUUGCCCUCCUGAGCCACGCCCACGCUGACUUCCCGUCCAGAGAUGCCUGUAAAGAUGUUACACUCUGCUGA